GUCGUAAAGAUAAUGGAUGCAUGAGCCACCACCACCAUCUUCUUGGAAACACUCUCUUCGUUCAUUCUUUUCUUCUCUCCCCCAUCUUCCUUCUUUCCCUUUACCAACAAAAUCCUCAAAAUUUACCAGAUUUCAACAUUGAGAAGUACCCGCCUUUCUAUCUCUUCUUCUCAUCGGUUUCUCUGUGUCUAUUGUCGACCACUACCUUUUCUUUCCCUUUCUCAGGAGCACAUACACAAGGAUAAAUGCAUAGGACGAUAAAUUAAACCAUUGUUCACUAAUUAAGGGAUUGCCAACAUGGUGAGCUUACGGAGACGGAACCUUCUUGGGCUCUGCUCUGGGAAGAGUUCCUUUUUGACUCCACUCUCCAGAUUCUUUUGUAAUGGAAACGCUCUUGAAAAUUCAAGUCAGAAUGCAAAAUCAAUUAGCGUGCAUCCUAUGCCCUCAUAUUCCAUCAACCAAAUGCUCGGGGAAAGCACUGCUGUGGUUGGCUCUGGAUCACCAAACGUUUCUGCUUCUGGCUCUGGUUCAUCAAAAGAGCCUCAUUAUCAACCUUUUCCAGGGCAACCAAUCAAGCGCAGGAAGCAACAUAGGAGGAAGCACGCUCAAAAUCAAGAACCUUGUCUAAUGAGGGGUGUAUACUUCAAGAAUAUGAAAUGGCAGGCCGCGAUAAAAGUUGACAAGAAGCAGAUUCACUUGGGGACUGUUGGUUCACAAGAAGAAGCUGCCCGUUUAUAUGACAGAGCCGCUUUCAUGUGUGGAAGGGAGCCGAACUUUGAGCUGUCGUCGGAGGAAAAGCAAGAGCUUAGUAGAUUCAAGUGGGAUGAGUUUUUGGCAUAUACUCGCCGUUCAAUCACCAAUAAAAAAUACAAGCAAAGGGUUGGGGCUGAACCCCAGAAGAUGUCUGAACCUGCAAUAGAGAACGGUUAUCCAGACAGCAAACGAGUCGAUAGCUCCUCAGCUUCAGAAGAGGCAGGGCCAGACUCUUCAGCCUCAUGAAAGA